AUGGAAAUCAAUAUCAGUUCACAUGAUGAUGUUAAACAAGAUUAUACAUCGUCUUCAUCAUUCAAUCUAACCAAUGUUUCGAAACUCAUUCUUCCACCACUUGGUGUUCCUAAAGAGAAUCAAGUUUACUCAAAGUGGAUCAUUUCACCAAUGGAUUCUAGAUACAGGUGGUGGGAGAGUUUUAUGGUUGUUUUGGUAGCAUAUACUGCAUGGGUUUAUCCAUUUGAAGUGGCUUUCAUGCAUUCUUUAAAUAGGGAACUCUAUAUUGUGGAUAAUAUUGUUGAUCUUUUCUUUGCCAUUGAUAUUGUUAUGACAUUCUUUGUGGCAUUCAUUGAUGGAACUACUCAUCUACUUGUCAGAGAUUCCAAGAAAAUUGCUGUUAGGUAA